GCCGGGAUCGGGAUGGAGCGGGCGGCAGCGCCCGGGACCGGCUCCGCUUCGGCGCUGGCCGCCUCGCUGGCCGAGGGGCUGAUCAAAUCGCCGCGGCCGCUGAUGAAGAAGCAGGCGGUGAAGCGGCACCACCACAAGCACAACCUCAAGCACCGCUACGAGUUCCUGGAAACGCUGGGCAAAGGCACCUACGGGAAGGUGAAGAAAGCCCGGGAGCGCUCCGGGAAGCUGGUGGCCAUCAAAUCCAUCCGCAAGGACAAAAUCAAGGAUGAGCAGGACCUUGUCCACAUCCGGAGGGAGAUUGAGAUCAUGUCCUCCCUCAACCACCCCCACAUCAUCGCUGUGCACGAAGUGUUUGAGAACAGCGCCAAGAUCGUCAUCGUGAUGGAAUACGCCAGCAAGGGCGACCUGUACGAUUACAUCAGCGAGCGGCAGCGGCUCUCGGAGCAGGAGGCGCGACACUUCUUCCGCCAGGUCGUGUCCGCCGUCUACUACUGCCACAAGAAUGGGAUCGUGCACCGGGACCUGAAGCUGGAGAACAUCCUGCUGGAUGCCAACGGGAACAUCAAGAUCGCAGAUUUUGGGCUGUCCAACGUUUUCCAGCAGGACAAGCUGCUGCAGACCUACUGCGGCAGCCCCCUGUACGCGUCCCCCGAGAUCAUCAACGGGCGGCCCUACAAGGGCCCCGAGGUGGACAGCUGGUCCCUGGGUGUCCUCCUCUACAUCCUGGUGCACGGCACCAUGCCCUUCGAUGGCCACGACUACAAGACUCUGGUCAAGCAGAUCACCAGCGGGGACUACCGGGAGCCCACAAAGCUCUCAGAUGCCUGCGGGCUGAUCCGGUGGAUGCUGAUGGUGAACCCCGAGCGCCGGGCCACCAUCGAGGACAUCGCCACGCACUGGUGGGUCAACUGGGGCUACAAAAUGCCUCUGGGCGAGCAGGAGCUGCUGCGGGAGAGCGAAUCGCCGCUGGCCACGGUGGCCGAGUGGCUGCGCCGCUCCUCCCGGCCGCUGCUGGAGAACGGCUCCAAGGUGCGCUGCUUCCUCAAGCAGCACAUGCCCGGCGCGGCCCUGGAGCGGCAGCGCUCCCUCAAGAAGUCCAAGAAGGAGAACGACGUCUCCCACGCGCUGCAGGAGGUGCCCCCGGGCCCCGAGAACUCCUCCAAGUCCGUCCUCAAGCGGCCCAAGGGCAUCCUGAAGAAGAGGAACUCCUGCGAGCAGAAGGUGCCCAGCCCCGGCCCCCCGCCCGGGGAGGGUGGGGAGGGUCCCCCCGCGGGGCUCUCCCGGGUCCUGCAGCCCCCCGGGACAGCGGGAGCAGCGCCCCCGGCCGCGCCCAAGAAGGGAAUCCUGAAGAAGCCCUCGGCCAGGGAGUCGGGGUAUUACUCGUCCCUGGAGUGCUGCGAGUCCGGGGACGUGCUGGACGCGGGGAGCCUGGACCUGGACGGGGCCGUGUUCGCCGAGCCGCCCUGCCCGGCCCCGCAGGGGCUGCCGGCCCGCCGGAAAGGAAUCCUCAAACACAACGGCAAAUUCUCCUCGGGCAGCGCCGAGCCCGGCAGCCCCCCCGGCAGGGGUUUCGGGGGCUUCAGCGAGGUGUCGCUGCCGCAGGGCCCCCGCGCCCGGCCCGCCAGCGCCGUCAGCGAGGACAGCAUCCUGUCCACCGAGUCCUUCGACCAGCUGGAGCUGCCCGCCCGCCGCCCGCCCGGGGCUGCCAUGCGGGGCUGCGUGUCCGCCGAGAGCCUCCUGCGGCUGGAGGAGGAGGAGGAGAGGGAGGAAGGGCGGCGGCUGCGCCGCUGGACUGUCACCCACUGCCGCAGCCCCUUGGCGGAGAGCAGCGCGUCGCUGGCGGGCUGUGACAGUGGCACCGAGCUCUACCGGCAGCGCGCUGUGGCCGUGGGGGUGAAGCUGAGCUGAGCCCACCUUCCUUCCCCCCGGCGCUGCCCCGGGGUGGUGCAUUUUGGGGAGGGGGCUGAGCCUCCCUCCCUUCCCUCCUCCCUUCCCUCCUUUCCUCCCCGGGGCUGCCGGUGCUGCUGAUCCACAUCCCACGGGUUGAUUUGGCAGCCUCGGGGCGGGGGAUGCCCCAGGGCCAGGACAUUUAUGGACCAAAGCCCCCAGAGUGACCCCCGAGCUGGGGCUGGGGGGUCCCGGGGGCUCCUCGCUGCCGUCCUCCCCUCUCCAACAGGCUCAUCUCAUCACGGGGCUGAAAGCAAGCGGUUGGGGGGGAUUUUUGUUUUCUUUGCACUGUUUUUUGGCUGCACAAGGUAACGGAGGGGGUGGGUGAUAUACCUCAAACAAGCUGCAGAUGUAGCAGGGUGCUGGUGAGGGCUCCAAGGUGCUGCCCAUGGGCUGGGCUUCGGGGGGUGCUGGGGGCACCCAGGCCACGGCUCUGCCCUCUGCUGAGUGCUGAGAAACUGGAUGUGGCCAAAAGCCCAGGCUGGGAAAUGCUGUGAUGCCAACAUCUCUCAUUGUAAUGUGGAAAAAAAAAGAAAAAAAAAAAAGUGCCUUUGGUGAGGCACCGUGACUUUAUUUAUUGAUUUAUUGCCUUUGUCCAGGCUGGUGUGGAGGGCAGCAGCACGGGAUGUGUCUGGCUCCACAGAGGCCGUCCAGGGGUGUUUCUGGGGAGGUGGCUGUGUCCUUGUGUCACACGGCUCCCUUGCACUGUUGCCACGUGUGCUCGCUGGCCCUUUCCCCUCUCGGGGGCAGGUGUUGAGUUUUCCCUCCUUCCUACAGCACGGGCUGGAGAAAAACAUUAAAUUAAAGCAAAUGGUAAA